GAUUACGAGGGCUGCGACUAUACCUCUUCUUACAGAUAUCAACUCAACUCACAUACAGUUAAACACUCAGACGUCCGGCCCUUUAAAUGUCAUUACGAGGGCUGCGAUCAGGCUUUCAAGACUCAGCCAACACAACGCAAACAUUUCCUCAGACACGAGACCGAAGCCUUCAUCUGUCCUGUGAUUGGAUGCGAUCGUAAGUUUCGGACACUGCCUCAGCUCACGUACCACUCGUCGGUUCACACAAACCAACCGACCAUUCGAGUGGUCGCUCAUAAUAAGGCCCAUAGAGUAAAGGUAAAGAGGAAUUACCGGUGCGAAUGGCCCGGCUGUACCUUCUUUGGACGCAACGUCGUUAUCCACAGCCGUAUCCACACGGGAGAGAAACCAUACCCGUGCGAGUGGCCUGAAUGUGGCAAAAGUUUUGCCUAUAAAGGUCACCUCAAAGUACAUAUUGAUAUGCAUUUAAAGAUCAAACCACACGCUUGUCUGUGGCCCGGGUGUACAUACCGGUGCACUUUGAAGGACAAACAAGAGUUCAAUGAGUUGUUGCGGACGCGAGAAGUGCACCGAAAGACAACUCAUCCCAUGAUAUCAGGUGCCGGUGUUGUGGACAACAGAAGUGAUGCCAACAAAUGUCACACAAUUGUGAUCAAUGGACAAGAAUUAGCACAUUGGCUAAGACAGCAUCAAAUACAAGAAUCGAAUCAAUUGAGUGGUCGUUUCAAUGAAGACCUAAAUGGAGAUAAGGAUGAAGACUCGGAUGAAGACUCGGAUGAGGCAUAUGUGGCGCCGAAGAAGUCAACGAACAAAACAAUUAAAAACAAGACAAAUAAGCAGUUCAUUGAACGCAAGAGUUGUAUGAAAACAGUUAAAACUAGAUCUCAAUCAAAGUCUAUAAGUCUUAAGAGGUCUCCAAAUUAUAACAUGAAGUUUAGGUGUGAUUAUAAGGGCUGUCAGUAUAAGAGUAGCACGAAAGAGUAUUUCAUAANUAAACCAAAGACUAAAAGAGUAUUUCAUAAGAAAGUGAAACACUCCGGAAGAAAGUGCUUCAAUCCGGACACAAAUUCAUACAUUUGUACGGAAAUUAAUUGUAACGAGUCUUUUACCACUCUUGAUGGUCUUCGGGAUCACUUGCGAUCCGUACACUCAGAAGUGAGACUUGUAUGCGAAUACCCCGGAUGUAACCGAUCGUAUAAAUCGCUUAAAAAUCUUAAGGUUCACCACUUAGUGCAUGAAAACAUCAAAGGAUUUAAGUGUGAAUACGACGGCUGUGGCUAUAGUUGUGUCACAAAGAACUCACUUAAGUUACACGAGAAAAAGCACUCAACGUUAAGACCAUUUCACUGUAAUCACAGCGGAUGUGAUAAGACAUUUAAAUCCAAAUAUACACUCAAUAGUCACAUAACACUAGUGCAUAGGACAGGGGAACCGGCAUUUAAGUGCACUAUCGAAGGCUGUGGCCGCAGUUUCACCACUAGUUUAGUAUUGAGAAAACAUUUGGCACUUCAUUAUAAUGAGGCAACACUUCGGUGCGGCACCGAUGGCUGCACUGACAUGUUUUUGACCGAUAGUCAGCUCUAUAGGCACCGAUUGGCCGUUCAUAAUAAGAAGCCUUACAUUAGAACUGAGCGAAAGUAUCCGUGCGAAUGGCCCGGAUGUGACUAUAAGGCCCCUUUAGCUGAUCUUAAGAUACACGUGACUCUCCAUACGGGCGAUAAGCCCUUUGUCUGUGAUUGGCCCGAGUGUGGUAAACGGUUCCGAUUAAUCGGGACAUUU